UGAUGGUGAAUUUGGUCACCCUGGGAUUCUUCUGCACGGGCUUCCUCCGCUCACUCGUCAGCCCCGAGGAGCAGCAGGUGGAGGUGAAGCACUCCAGGCUCUGCCCUUGGGAAUGCAUGACGUUUGUCCAGAUGUGGCCGGGCUCAUUCUGUGUGGCUCUAGGAAGGAAGUUUGAGUGUGUCAUGCCCAAGAACGCAAACAACUGGACCAUUCACGGAUUAUGGCCCAGCGACGUCAUGGAGUGUUGCACUUACUGGCGCCUCUUCCCCUCUGACCUGGUGGACUUGAUGCCUGAACUGAACGUGCAUUGGCCAACCUUAAUCAACAUAAGCAAUUUUCGCUUCUGGGAGAAAGAAUGGCAGAAACACGGGACCUGCGCUGGCUGCAUCGAAACGCUGAACUGCCCCAAUAAAUACUUCAGGGCUGCCCUUUUCCUGCGCACCAAAUAUAAUAUUGACAGAGCCUUCCAAACAGCUGCGGUCGUCCCAUCCUGUAGGUGGAACUACCAGCUCAAAACCUUCAUGGGAGUGUUGCAACCCAUCCUGGGAGACCAAUAUGAACUGCAGUGCGUGACUGACGUCCAGGGACGUCAAAUUCUAGUGCAAAUAAAGGUUUCGCUUCACAGUGAUUUCUCCACCGGCUGCAUCGAAGCCUCUUCCUAUGACAUCUCCCCUUACAAGCCCUGCACGGCUGAGGAGAGGAUUUUUUAUUUUCCAGCCAAUCAGGAGAAUCCACAUAAUCCCUGUCCCUGAUCAGAAGGCCGGCAGAUUCUGUGAGAAAGAAGAGGCCAAAUGGGGCCAAAAUA